AUGAGGUCCUCGCCCUCGAGGUCGUCGAAGACGCCGGCAAAGAGAGCUCAGGCCGACCGAGCGACGGCAGCGGAGGCGGGCAAACAGGAAGCCCGGCCCGACGACACGGCGUCUCCCACCGUCGCCACCACUUCGGAAAGAUCAUCCCCCACCUCAGCCCCGAAGCGCCGGAAGAGCGUCGGCGUCGCAAUAACGACACCAUCGUCGUCAGCAGCAUCGUCACAGAGGCCCUCUGGACAGCUUCAACCGUCUGCGGCUCCGGCAGAUUCGACACAGCCUUCUGCAGCAGCUCCAUUGGGACCCGGGCAAACGUCCGGAGACGCCGACAGCGACAACAAGGUCGACGAGGGGGCAACCGCAGAGGCCCCCGCGGGAUCUGGGUUGGACGAAAAGACAUCGGCAAUACGAUACCGCCUCAGGAUCGCACAGCAGCCAACGGCGGCCAGCGCUUUCGGUGACGAGCUGCUAUCAAGGCUAGCGGCCGCGCCACCUUUGAUCUUGGAGCUCGAUGCCGUCGACGAAGUCGGCGACCCGGUCGAUAUUUCCAGCGAAGUGCCCUUUCUGAUCUGCCAAGUGGCCAUCACGCUCGAGAACGGCAACAGCGCCGACAUCUAUUCGCCUUCUCCCGUCCGAUCGACACCAUCCAGCUCGGUGCAGGCCUCGCCUACGCCAUCUUCCUCGCGCGGCCGGGCCGCGGCGCAGGCCUCGCCUGCAGAGAGCCCGGCGGCAUCGGGCUCGCGCGAUGCUUCGGCCGCACGCCCGUCUCCCACGUCCACCGGGCGCGGCGGGGCAGCAAAGCGACGCGGUCGACGCCGCAGCGGCCUCAACCCUUCGCCGGCGAGGGGCGGCGCGACGACGCCGCCCUCGGCCUCGCCGCUGCAGGAGGUGUCGCCACCCGCGCGCAUGUUGUAUGGCACCCUGGCCGCCAACCCGAUCCCCUACGACUCGCCCGAGGGUGCAGAGAGGCUCUACCUCCUCUUUCCCGAGAUCAGCAUACGGGCCGCGGGGCGGUUCCGGCUUCGGUGUUUCUUGAUCCGGCUGCCGAUUCCCGGAAGCUCGCCAGCGCCGAUGGGCGCGCUGGCAGAGGUCCUCACCGAGCCCUUUGACGUCGUGCCUUCCUCCGACUACGUCGCGCCCCACCUGACGGACCUGACUCGACACCUCGCCCGCCAAGGUGCAGGACUCCUGCUCCCGCCCGGCCAGGCCGCCGACUGA